ACCCAUACAUUAGUAUAUAAAAGCUCUUUUAUUUUUGUAUAUCCUUAUAAAAAUUUUAACCAUGGGAAAAGUUCAUCCCCAAGCCUUAGCUUCCUCUACAACUUGCAAUUUCACUUCCAAGCAAGAGAGUUUCACCCUAUGGAUGAAAUCUCUUGUAUUGAAUGGAAAGGGGUGUACCGUCUUUGAUUCCAAUGGUCAAAUUGCAUAUAGAGUUGAUAACUACAACUCAAAUCAUAGAGAUCAAGUUCAUCUCAUGGAUCAAAGAGGAAAUACUUUGUUUACUAUUCUCAAAAAGCAAUAUAAGUUGUCUAGGUUUUGGGAGGGUUACAAGCUUCCGGCGACAAGGAACGACCAGAAAGGACCAUGCUUUCGAGUUGGUAAAACAUAUAGCAUCUCUAAAUGGGAUUCAAGUUAUGAAGUUGAACUUGGAUUGGAUAAAAACCAACCAUAUAAUUAUAAAAUAGAAAGCAGCACUUGCAAGCCAGCUUGCAAAAUAAUGGACAAGAAUGGAGUGAUAGUUGCAGAGCUAAGGAGAAAGAAGUCAACUUGUGGAAUUGAUCUAGGAAAUGAUGUUUUCACAAUGGUGGUGGAGCCAAAUAUUGAUCUUUCUCUAAUUAUGGGAGUUGUUGUAGCUUAUAGUCUUAUUAAAAGUAAAAUGUAAUUAAGUAUAUUGGAAAAAAGAGAGUAGUGAACAACAAUGAUUUGAAUCUUGUGGAAGUCAUUUUGGUAUACAAAAUGUAUUGCUAAGCCCAGAUUCAAGUUUAAGCUUUGGAAAUGGCUUGUGAUGCUUGUAAUCUAGUUAACCAUGAUGAAUGAAUCCAUUAUCCAAUUUCAAAAUCACUUUGUUUAGAAAAA